AUGACGAUAUCUUAUGACGAGGAGUUCUCCUCGUUGAUGCUACGAUGGAGAGGAUCCAUUUGGAAAGCCGUGCUAAAGGAUCUCAUUGGCUUUUAUAUCGCCUAUUAUAUCGUCCUCGCAUUUCAGUGGUAUUUGCUCGAUGAAAAAGGGAAAGAAUAUUUUACCGGAUGGAUUAUGUGGUGUGAAAUCGGAGCACAAUACAUUCCACUUUCAUUCUUGCUCGGUUUCUUCGUUUCUCUUAUUGUUGCCAGAUGGUGGGAGCAAUUCAACUGCAUUUCGUGGCCUGAUAAGAUGAUGAUCAUGGUCUCUGCAUGUCUUCCCGGCAACGAGAAUCUUGUUGUUCGUCAAACAAUCGCUCGUUGGAGCAGUCUUCAAGCGGCUAUUGCAUGGUCUGGAGUUUCAGUGAAAACGCUGAAAAGAUUCCCAACCGAAAGACAUAUGGUUGCAUCGAAACUAAUGACUGAAGAAGAAUACGAUCUGUACAUGAAUACGGAAGCGCCACAUGGAAAAUGGUUUAUUCCAAUUCUCUGGAUUGUGAACUUGAUCAAGAAACAGAAACAGAAGGGAGUCAUCGAUUCAAUUCAGAUGGAUAUGCUUCUUAAACAAGUAUACAGCUACCGUGACGGGUUCGCCAUGCUUUUUGUCUAUGAUUGGAUCAAGAUCCCAUUGGUGUAUACUCAAGUCGUAGCCAUUGCCACAUACGGAUAUUUCUUCAUUUGUCUCAUCGGAAGACAACCAAAACUUGAUCAGAGAAAAUUAAACUACGUUCUCGACAGAAACACUGCUAUUGCUCAUAUGAUGGCUUCCGAACUCUCCGAUCAACUUCCAUCGAUCGGAGCUCCAAUGGUUCCAGCUGUUCCACAUACAAGAGCUUCAUUCAAGAUUCAAGAUGUCAUUCCUAAAUCUCAUUUGGCUGGUUUCAAACUUUCAGACGCUGAAAUGAAAUUGAUUAAGCCAGAAGAUUUGGAAGAGCACGAAAGACUUUUGGAAGAGACAAAAGUUACAAACAGACAAAGAUUGGGAACUCUAGUCAGAGCUAUUGAGAAGAAAAGCCGUACGAACGCCACCAUCAACGAAGACGAUGAGGAGUGA